GCUCCUUUCAUUCUUUCUUGUAGAAGGCAUCUUGUUCCUUUUCUCUUCUGCUUGUUUGGUGGGUGCUAGAGUUUUUCUCUCCUCCCUUCCCUUGACCCUCACCUCCUAUUUAUCUCUGUGAUCACUGGAGCUUUUGAUACUGCACGUGGGGCAGAACAAUGCCUUACACAUACCGGGACUCGAGACCGCGGUCUCCCCCUCUACCUCAGAGUGCUCGUGCCACACACUCCUCUGGCCAGACAUAUGAGGAGCUGAAGCGCCAGUGCCAGCAGAAGGGGACGCUAUUUGAGGACUGUGACUUCCCAGCCAAUAUCUCCUCUCUCUUCUACAGUGAGAAGCCACCCAUCCCCUUUGUAUGGAAGAGACCUGGGGAAAUCGUUAAAGACCCACAAUUUAUAGUUGGAGGAGCCACAAGAACUGACAUUUGUCAAGGGGAUCUUGGUGACUGCUGGCUAUUAGCAGCUAUAGCUUCUCUUACACUGAAUGAAAAAACAUUAGCCAGAGUUGUACCUCAAGAUCAAAAUUUUGGACCGGGUUAUGCUGGAAUAUUUCACUUUCAGUUUUGGCAGCACAAUGAGUGGCUGGAUAUUGUUAUUGAUGAUCGAUUACCCACCUUUAAAGACCGCUUGGUUUUUCUACACUCGGCUGAACACAAUGAAUUCUGGAGUGCCUUACUGGAAAAAGCCUAUGCCAAACUGAAUGGGAGUUAUGAAGCCCUAAAAGGAGGCAGUACACUAGAAGCCAUGGAAGAUUUCACUGGAGGAGUUGGAGAAAUGUACGAAGUCAAAAAGGCUCCUGAAAAUUUCUAUGAAAUCUUGAGAAAAGCUCUUGAAAGAGGUUCAAUGGUGGGCUGUUCUAUUGAUACCAGCAGCGCAGCUGAGUCAGAAGCUCGAACCCCUUUCGGCCUCAUAAAGGGUCACGCUUAUUCAGUAACUGGCAUUGACGAGGUGAGCGUCCGAGGCCGAAAGGUGCAACUCAUACGGCCAAGAAAUCCAUGGGGUCAAGUGGAGUGGAAUGGCCGUUGGAGUGACAAUUCUCCUGAAUGGCAGUCAAUCAGCCCAUUGGAGCAAAAACGCCUGUGUCAGACAGUGCUAGAUGAUGGAGAAUUCUGGAUGAACUUUGAAGACUUCAAAGCACAUUUUGAUAAAGUUGAGAUCUGCAACCUCACUCCAGAUGCUCUUGGGGAUAAUGCUACCAACAAGUGGGAGGUGACAGUCCAUCAAGGGAGCUGGGUCAGAGGUUCCACUGCUGGAGGGUGCAGAAAUUUUCUAGACACCUUUUGGACUAAUCCACAGAUCAAGCUGCAUUUGACAGAAAAAGAUGACGGGCAAAAUGAAUGCACAUUUAUAGCAGCUCUGAUGCAAAAGAAUCGACGUAAACUCAGGAAACUAGGUGCUGACAUGCUGACAAUUGGCUAUGCUAUUUAUGAGAGCCCUAGCAAAGAUGGACACUUGAACAAAGACUUUUUCAGAUACCACCCUUCCAAGGCAAGGAGCAAAACCUACAUUAACUUAAGGGAAGUCUCUGAUCGAGUCAAGCUGCCACCUGGGGAUUAUGUUAUUGUUCCUACUACUUUUGAGCCACACCAGGAAGCUGACUUCUGCCUGAGAAUCUUCUCUGAGAAAAAAGCCAUCACAGAGGAUGUGGAUGAAAACGUUGACAUUAAUCUCCCAGAGCCCCCUAAACCAACCCCACCGCAACAAGAAACCGAAGAAGAAAAACAGUUCCGGGCAUUGUUUAAACAGGUUGCGGGAGAGGACAUGGAGAUAACUGCAGAGGAACUUGAAUAUGUUCUGAAUGCUGUAUUAAAAAAAGCAAAGGACAUCAAAUUCGAGAAAGUGAGCCUCAUUACAUGUAGAAACAUCAUCUCUCUUAUGGAUUCCAGUGGUAAUGGGAAACUGGAAUUUAAUGAGUUCAAGAUUUUCUGGGACAAACUAAAGAAGUGGCUGAGUAUCUAUGUUCAUUUUGAUUCUGAUCGUUCCGGCACCAUGUCCUCCUAUGAGCUUCGUAGUGCCCUAACAGAUGCGGGAUUUCAACUCAAUAAUUACCUGCUGCAGCUGAUUGUCCUCAGAUAUUCUGAUGACCAGUUCCAGAUUGAUUUUGAUGACUUCCUAAACUGCUUAAUUCGCCUAGAGAAUGCAAGCCGGAUAUUCCUGGCACUAAGUAAGAAAAACAGAGAAUUCAUUAACCUGAAUAUAAAUGAGUUUAUCACCCUGACAAUGAACAUUUGAAGCUGUCCAACCUGGAUUUCAGCAGGAUCUCAUGAUUGUGCCACUCAAACCUCCAACCAAAGAGCUGUUACCCUUGCCAUGCAAAUGUAUGCAGGUGCUGUGGUGCAAGGGGAACACGUAUUCUUCCCACCCUUUCUCUCCUCCACCACCAUUAUAUUACUGAAUAAGAUCUUUAUGGGAUGAAAUUUGUUUUAUUUUGUAUAAAGAUUAAUAUUGAUUGCUACAGUGUAAAUAUGCCUUUGAAUGAGGCACGUGUACAUUUCAAGCAGCCCGAAACGG